UUCAAGUCCUGAGGUGAAGCGCGCUCGGCGGCAGCCGCUUCGUCGAAGAGCUCUUGUAGCGCCCAGUGGACCAGACGCAGUGAAUGCAGUUAGCGCCGCCGGCCGGCCCAGCCCGCCACCCGGGGCCUUCCCGCCUCCUGGGGUUGCCGGGACCGCCUGCCCUCCAGCCGCUGCCCCCUCCAGAUUUUCAGCUACUGAUGUUACAAACAGUAAAACAUUGGAACAUAGAGUUGAGGAAAAGAUUUAAACCAGAUUUUUCUUCUGUUAGUUAAAAAUAUGGAUCCUGAAGCAGAGGGACCACCAAUUAUCAAAGCGACACCUCUUCAACAAAUGCUCGCCUCUUGUACUGGAGCUAUACUGACAUCACUAAUGGUGACACCCUUUGAUGUUGUUAAAAUUCGACUCCAAGCCCAAAGCAACCCAUUCCCCAAAGGAAAAUGUUUUCUGUAUAGUAAUGGACUUAUGGAUCAUCUGUGUGUCUGUGAAGAGGAAGGCAACAAGGCAUGGUAUAAGAAGCCAGGACGCUUCCAGGGGACACUGGAUGCCUUUUUGAAAAUCAUUCGAAAUGAGGGCAUUAAAUCCCUGUGGAGUGGCCUUCCUCCUACCUUAGUGAUGGCAGUUCCUGCCACAGUUAUUUAUUUUACCUGCUAUGAUCAAUUAACCGCUCUUCUGAAAUCUAAAUUAGGAGAAAAUGAAAGCUGCAUACCAGUUGUUGCUGGAAUUGUGGCCAGACUUGGUGCAGUAACUGUAAUAAGUCCACUGGAAUUGAUUAGAACCAAGAUGCAAUCUAAGAAUUUUUCUUACGAGGAACUGCAUCGAUUUGUCACCAAGAAAGUAUCUGAAGAUGGUUGGACUUCCCUCUGGAGGGGCUGGGCUCCUACUGUUCUUAGAGAUGUACCAUUUUCAGCGAUGUACUGGUAUAACUAUGAAGUUUUAAAGACGUGGUUGUGUGCGAAGUCUGGUUUAUAUGAACCGACAUUUAUGAUCAACUUUACUUCAGGGGCAUUAUCUGGUUCUCUUGCAGCUGUUGUAACUUUGCCAUUUGACGUGGUAAAAACACAAAAGCAGACACAACUUUGGAUAUACGAAGGUCAGAAAAUUUCUAUGCCUUUGCAAAUGUCAACCUGGGCUAUAAUGAAGAACAUCGUUGCUAAGAAUGGAUUUGCUGGAUUAUUUACAGGCCUAAUUCCUCGUUUAAUUAAAAUUGCUCCUGCUUGUGCUGUUAUGAUCAGUACAUAUGAAUUCGGAAAGUCUUUUUUCCAGAAACAAAAUGCGCGAAGACAGCAAUACUAGAGAUGCUGUUUCAACCUGGAAUAACAACCAUGACCAAAUAAUAAGAUGGAAAUCUUAGGCAAGAGCUUUUUUUCACCAUCUCUUACAUUGGUUUUAUAUCUUUCUUAUCUAUAAUUUAAAUGAAUAGUAUAUUUCUACUUUGCAUUUAAAUCAUAAUCCUAAUUUUAAAAUAAAAAUUUUAUCCUGAUUUUUGAGAUUUUGAAAAAGAUAUUCCAGAAAUCUUAACCAUUAAGCAUUUUUGUAAAGAAAAAAAAAUUAUUCUACACUGGAAGCAAUAAUCUCAGAGUUUGAUACAAAUUUCAGCGUAACUUAAUCCUAUUGGGAGUGUGUCAGAGACAUCAGAACAUUUUGAAUUGUCUCCUGAAUGAUGUACAGAGUCUAAAAGAAAAAUUCCCAAGUCUUUUAUACACAUUUAAAUCAUGCACAUAGAUAUUUAAGUAUUUCAGCAAAGUAGUUAAUGGAAGGCAGCCUUUAAAUAACAUUCACAUGUACCAAAUAUUACCUAUUAGUUGUCUUCUUUAAUUCACAUGCAUUUGGUGUUUUGUUUUACCUUGUUAUUGUUGUAAGGCUUCACAAAUAUUAGGAUUUCUCCAGUCAAAGGUAUGGCUGUUUUAUCGUAAUGAACCAAAAAUAUAGUAAUUUGUGUGAUAUUGA